CCCGCAUCGAGAUCUCGGAUUCGGUUACAAAACAUAACUAAAGCCCGUCCGACCCGAUCCAAAAACUUUGCAAGUCUAACUGAGACGUCGGCCGCAAACGCGGUCUCGUAUUUGCGGAGCCGCUCUCUCUCUUCUCGCUCGCUCAGUGUACUUCCAGAAUGUCUCGUCGAUAUGAUAGCAGGACCACAAUCUUCUCCCCUGAGGGUCGUCUCUACCAAGUUGAGUAUGCAAUGGAGGCAAUUGGCAAUGCUGGGUCUGCCAUUGGCAUUCUAGCCAAGGACGGUGUAGUCCUCGUCGGUGAGAAGAAGGUGACUUCAAAGCUUCUCCAGACCUCGAAAACCACUGAAAAAAUGUACAAGAUUGACGACCAUGUUGCUUGUGCUGUUGCUGGUAUCAUGUCUGAUGCCAACAUUCUCAUUAAUACUGCUCGGGUCCAAGCCCAGAGAUAUGUCUUUUCGUACCAAGAGCCGAUGCCUGUUGAACAACUGGUUCAGUCCCUUUGUGAUACCAAGCAAGGGUACACCCAAUUUGGUGGGCUCCGCCCGUUUGGUGUGUCCUUCUUGUUUGCUGGGUGGGAUAAGAACUAUGGGUUUCAGCUCUAUAUGAGUGACCCAAGUGGUAAUUAUGCGGGUUGGAAGGCAGCUGCAAUUGGUGGAAAUAACCAAGCAGCACAAUCGAUGUUGAAGCAGGACUAUAAGGAGGAGAUGACAAGGGAGGAGGCGGUUGGGCUUGCUCUCAAGGUGCUCAGUAAGACAAUGGAUAGCACGAGCCUUACUGCAGAGAAGCUUGAGCUUGCUGAGGUCUUCUUGUUACCUUCAGGGGAGGUGAAGUAUGAGGUUUGCGCCCCGGAAGCACUUGGUAAGUUGUUAGUGAAGUCUGGAGUGACACAGCCUGCUGCUGAUGCCUCUUAAGUGAUUCUUGAGUGUAAGUGAGAAUUUUUCGUAAUAUGUUAUUUGGUCAUCUUGGUGUGCUUUAUGAUAUGAUGACACUUGGCGUGAUUCAUAUGCAAAAACUUAGUUACCUUUAUUGGACACGCGUUUAUGCUAAACAAAAUGUUUGCUUUAAAUGAAUUGAUUCCUCCUUGAUAUCUC